AUGUACUUCUUCCUCUACAACCUGUCCUUCAGUGACAUCUGCUUCAGCACCGGCACAGUACCUAGGAUGCUGAUGAAUAUCCAGAGACACAGCAAGGCCAUCAGUUACACAGACUACCUCACCCAGGUCUGCUUUGUCCUGGUUUUUGCUGGAGUGGAAAACUUUCUCCUUGCAGCAAUGGCUUAUGAUCCUUAUGUGGCCAUCUGCCAUCUACUCAGGUACUCAGUCAUCAUGAACCCCCGCCUCUGUGUCCUACUGAUUGUAUUGUCCUUAACCAUUAUCAUUAUUUAUGGCCUGCUUCACAGUCUGAUGGUGCUGAGGUUGUCCUUCUGCACAAACCUGGAGAUCCCCCACUUCUUCUGUGAACUUGAUCAGGUCAUCAAACUGGCCUGUUCAGAUACCCUCAUCAAUAACAUCCUAUUCUAUUUAGUGUCUGGCAUAUAA